AACGCGAUUUAAAAGCGCGCGCAGCCACUGCACUCUGAGAUGUAUAGAUAAGGAAUUGUAAAAAAAAAAUGUGGAUUUUACUCGUGAUCUUGGUUUCAUCAUUAAAAAAAACUUUCCAAAGCAUGGAGGAAAAACAGAGUAUUUAGUACAGAUAGUAAAUCUUCUGAAAUAAUGUGUAGGGAAGAAAAAAAACGAUGCGGGUGAUUUUACGCAUCCAUCUUGUUUUCAGAUUUCAGUUUUAUGAGUUAGUUACUGUCUAUUUUUGUUUCCUCCUCGAUCAUUUUGCGCUCUUUUAACAAGUAGUUCAGCUGAGACCUCAGGCAUGCUGCCCUGUUUGUGUUUUAGCUGCCUGCUUCUUCUUUUGGACUAACAGGAUCUUUACGCACAGGAGAGCAAUGAUGCUGGAGGAACCGACAAACUGCAGCAUGUGUUGCUGCACUACGCUCAACAAAAUACUGAUGGUCGUCUUCAUGGUAUUACUGAUGUUUGGUAUAUUGCUUGGAAACUCGCUAACUUUGGCUGUGGUGCUCGGAACCAAACAUUUCCAUACACCCCAUGGUUACCUGAAAGCCUCUUUAGCGGUGGCGGACUUGGCUGUGGGGAUUUUUGUGCUCCCUCUCUCCGUUUACGCAGAGAUUACGCUCUUGUUGACGGGCGCGGCACCGGGCUGGACGGUGCGUAAUUCCCAGCACACACCUUUCCACCCGUGCACUUACAUUGGCCCUGUUUUUGCAGGUUGCACGCUGGUUUCCAUCACUACAAUUUUCCUUCUCACUAUUGAGCGCAGCAUUGCUGUCUUGAAACCUUUGCACAAAGAGGUCGUUAUUACAAGAAGACGAACGAGCAUGCUGAUUGUAUUUUCUUGGACCGGCAGCUUUUUCUUGGCACUAGCUCCCCUGAUUUUUAGCAAGCAGAUCGCGUUGGAGUAUAAUACAUGUAGCAGAAUGUGCAACUACGCCUUAGGGGCAAAUGAGUUUCCUCCUCAGGCUUGGAAUAUUCUCUUACUUUUCCCAGCGUUUGAUUUUACUCUCCUCAUAGGGACUGUUGUUACAAACAUUAUAUCCUUCACUAAGAUCCGCCAUCAUUCAAAGAAAAGAAGGCGUCUGGCACAAGCAGGUUGCCAAAGUACAUCAGGACCAAGUUUCUCCGACAUUAAGGCAGCAAAAACAAUCGGCGCGCUCACGCUGGUCUUCACCGCCUCCUUCACCCCCGUUGCAGUGUUUGUAGUAGGAAACGUGACAGGAAACGAAUGGUGCAAUUUCUCGUUUUUUGCGUUUUGGAUUUUGGCUGCAAGCAGUUGCUGGAAUGUCAUCAUCUACAGCGCGAGGGACCAAAAGUUCAGACUCCGAGCGCGUCAGCUUCUCGUCUUCUCGAAAAUAAAGAAUUGACCCUAAGACCACGCUGUACAAUCACGACUUUUACUAUGGCCAUGUAAACAUCAACACACACUUUGUGUCAUUUACUGCCUUCCACAAAUUCCACAGUGAUCUGCUCGCGUGAAACAGGACUGCACAAUGGCUAAUGAUGCAAUAGGGGACUGGUAUUAAAGUGUAACUCCUGUGAGAAUUCUGACUUAUCUGAUGGGUAAGUAUUACAGCAGGGCUACUGAUGAAUCAUGACAUUCACAGUCCAACAAACAAAUAAUACACAUAAAAUCAUCCAGGACAAUUUGUACAUAAAGGGUUCUCUGGUGUGUUAUAGUACUCGAUUAUGAUAAAACAACAAAUUCAAUACAAUCUCCUGAACUUGAUGAAUGUAAUAAUCUACAGCUUUGGUCUUGGCUUGGUACACAAUAGCCACUUGUUGUAUAUUAUAUACAGUAAGUGUACAUCAUUAUGACUGAUGUUGCCUUGUUUUGCCAAGCAAAAUGAAUAAUCUUACAUUUAGACUAUUGUGUUAUGCCUAGAAAAAAUAAUGAGAUUGUUUUCCCUUCUGCUAACCAAAGAUUAUGUCAGAUGCCUGAUCUGAUUUCUCUAUACAAAUCCUGAUUUCCCUUUUAAACUUUCUUUAUAUCAUCUAACAAACUUUUAGCUUGAAAAAUGUAUUUAUACUAGAACUGGGAUGUUUUUGAUGUUUGGUUUUCUUUAUUGUAGUCCAUAAAGAAAAGGGUGAUUCUGAAAUAGCCUAAUCUGACGAGGACUUUUGGGGUUUCCGAGAAUUAGCCCUUCUUCUCAAUACUUACCCUCGCCUGUAUGUUUUCCUUAACAGACGGAAUUUGCUAAAAUCCGCUUUGUAUUGACGUGGGAUUUCUAAUUAGCUUUGCUUUGGUGCACAGAAGCAAUGCAUAGCUCCAUAAACUAUAUUAUGUGCUUGCAGUGCUUACCACAAAGCCAGCACAGGAAGUGUAAAACCACAUGUUAAAUCAUUGAGCACAAGCCUGUAUCUGAGUGGGAUUUAAAAACAUUUCAACUAAAAAUAAAAGAAGAAAAUAUCAUUUUUAUUACUGCUUAAUAUACUUAUAUAUACUUAAUUAAUACUUUAAUUUUAUAUUCUAUUCCACACUCAUGAACCUCACACUCAUGUUACAAACAGGGGUCUGAAUGGUACUCUUGUUAACAUUCAUGCAAAAAAAAAGUAAUUUUAAUAUAAGAAUUCUGAAUGUUUGAAUAUUUUCUAUAAUAACAAUUUAAAGGCUUUUAAAGGGUACCAUGCACACACACACACACAUUAUAUCACACUCAUUCACACCCAGGGCAAUUUAAUGUAGCCAAUUAACCUACCACUUUUGGGAGAUGGGAGGAAAGCCAUAGUAUUUUAUUUCAGCUUGGAGGAGACAGUUAUGUAGUUAUCAGUUUCUCAACAUUUUGGAAUACAGUGAGGGAAAAAAUUAUUUGAUCCCCUGCUGAUUUUGUACGUUUGGUCACUGACAAAGAAAUGAUCAGUCUGUAAUUUUAAUGGUAGGUUUAUCUGAACAGUGAGAGACAGAAUAACAACAAAAAUAUCCAGAAAAACACAUUUCAAAAAACAUUGAUUUGCAUUUUAUUGAGUGAAAUAAGUAUUUGACCCCUUUGCAAAACAUGACUUAGUACUUGGUGGCAAACCCUUGUUGGCAAUCACAGACGUCAGACAUUUCUUGUAGUUGGCCACCAGGUUUGCACACAUCUCACAUCUCAAGGAAUUUGGGCCCAAUCCUCUUUGCAGAUCUUCAUUCAUUAAGGUUUUGUGGCUGACCCUUCAGCUCCCUCCACAGAUUUUCUAUGGGAUUAAGAUCUGGAGACUGGCUAGGCCACUACAGGACCUUGUGCUUCUUUUUGAACCACUCCUUUGUUGCCUUGGCCGUGUGUUUUGGGUCAUUGUCAGGCUGGAAUAUCCAUCCACGACCCAUUUUCAAUGCCCUGGCUGAGGGAAGGAGGUUCUCAUCCAAGAUUUAACAGUACAUGGCCCCGUCCAUCAUCCCUUUGAUGCGGUCCCCUGGGGAAGGUGUACUUGGGGUCAUAGGCAGCAUUCCUCCUCCUCCAAACACGGCGAGUUGAGUUGAUGCCAAAGAGCUGGAUUUUAGUCUCAUUUGACCACAACACUUUCACCCAGUUUUCCUCUGAAUCAUUCAGAUGUUCACUGGCAAACUUCAGAUGAGCCUGUACAUGUGCUUUCUUUAGCAGGGGGACCUUGUGGGUGUUACUGGAUUUCAGUCUUUCAUGGUGUAGUGUGUUACCAAUUGUUUUCUUGGUGACUAUGGUCCCAGCUGCCUUGAGAUCAUUGACAAAAUCCUCCAGUGUAAUUCUGGGCUGAUUCCUCGCCGUUCUCAUGAUCAUGGAAACUCCAUGAGGUGAGAUCUUGCAGACGGAGGAAGACUGACAGUCCUUUUGUGUUUCUUCCAUUUGGGAAUAAUCGCACCAACUGUUGUCACCUUCUCACCAAGCUGCUUGGCGAUGGUCUUGUAGCUCAUUCCAGCCUUGUGUAGGUCUACAAUCUUGUCCCUGACAUCCAUGGACAGCUCUUUGGUCUUGGCCAUGAUGGAGAGAAUCUGAUUGAUUGCUUCCUUCUGUGGACAGGUGUCUUUCAUACAGUUAACGAGCUGAGAUUAAGAGCACUCUCCGAGAGUGCUCCUACUGUAAUCUCAGCUCUUUACCUGUAUAAAAGACACCUGGGAGCCAGAAAUCUUUCUGAUUGAUAGGGGAUCAAAUACUUAUUUCACUCAUUAAAAUGCAAAUCAAUGUAGAACUUUUCUGAAAUGCGUUUUUCUGGAUUUUUUUGUUGUUAUUCUGCCUCUCACUGUUCAAAUACACCUACCAUUAAAAUUACAGACUGAUCAUUUCUUUGUCAGUGGGCAAACGUACAAAAUCAUUUUUUCCCUCACUGUAGAUAUCACUGUAGGAUUAUAUUUAGGAUUAUAAAUCAAAGGAGCCUCCAAAUAAAGGAGAAGUAGUGAAAAAGGCAAUGUUAUUAGUGUUGAACUGCGAGAGGAGCAAGGCUGCAUACGUUACAACUGUGAAGGUGGAAAUAGAAAAGAGGAACGCAGCACACUUACUCAAUCCCUUGCGUAUCACUGGCACUGCAUUAGCUUUUUUUGAUCUCUCAUCCACACAAAUUGCUAAGUGUGUGUACACUUCAGUGAGGCGUAUUUAGAUUGUGCAGUGUGUCACGGCCAUUAUUUUAUAAUGUAAUGACUACAGACCUGCUGAACUUUGAGUUAUUAUGGUGUGUACUGUCAGGCAGCUCACAAGCACACACACACACAUUUAGGAAUAAAGGUUGAAUCGCCUGAUUUCUCACAUUAAAUGUUCAAUCAAGUCUACUAAGAUAUAACAAGAAGAUUUAAUUGCAUGUUGGAGUGUAUUAUUGUUCUUGAAAAACCUUACCAGAUGUCUGUAUUUACUCUGAAUUGUAUUCUCUAGAAAUGUAAUUAUAUGCAUCUGUACUGUGCUGAUUGUAAUUGUAUAAAGCACACCCCAUCAUUUCAUGCUGGCACAGUCCAGUACAAAGAGAGUUUAAGGACUGGCCCUGAGCUGUCAGACUUUAAUAUGGGACUUUUUUUCUCUCUUCAUCCUAUGUGAUGUGUGUGUGUGUGUGUGUGAGUGUGUGUGAGUGAAUGAUGAUAUAUCCAUGUGUCCUGAUGAAUCACAGUAACUGUGCAUUAAU